UUUCUAUAUUUAGUAAGUUUUCCAAUUUUAGAUCACAAGAUUUAAAAGUUUUUCUAUAUUUCUUAAACUCCGUGCUUAGUUAACUAAGACACUUAAAUUGGGAGGGAGGGAGUAUUAUAAUACAAGUACUUAAAAGGACUUUCUCAUGUUAAAUGUUCUCCCUUUUUAAUCCCCUCUGAUUUUCCCCUUUCUCCAAGUUUUCUUCUUUAAUGUAAAAUGAAGUGUUUGAAUACUUUAGUGAUCACAUUUUCAUGAAAUCUUUGAGUUGCAAUGCAUAGGUUCCUAGUGUUCAAAAUUUCUUGAUUAUUGAUUUUUGUUAACUCUAUAGCAAAAAUGGUUUCAAAAGACUCACCCCCACCUUCACACUCAAGCAUUUUACACCAAUUCAUAAACUCAGACUCCAUCAUGACUAGUCAAAUUGGAAGCCAACAUUUUGACAUGUAUCAAUCUACUACUACUACCUAUCAGCCUCAUGGUGGACUGUCCAGAUCCAUAGAGUUAGUUAAUCCUCCUCAUUUUACUACUGAUUCUCAUGAUGUUAACCACAGUAGACAUUUGAUGGAUCUUCUUGGAGCUUCACAUGAUGCUACUAACCAACAAGCACAAAGACUCUCACUUUCUUUAGGGUCUCAUUCACUUGUUUCAAGUUUUACUAAUCCUAGUUAUAUGAGCCAAGAAAUUGAUCAAAGGAACAAUGAGUUUUCUUUCUCUGCAGCUGCAAUGAAUCAAUCUUUUUCCACUGUUUGUGGAACUGAAUCUUUUGUUUCUUCUAUUGGUAACUCAAAAUACUUGAAACCAACUCAGUCCCUCCUGGAGGAAUUGGUUUGUAUUGGUGGCAAGACUAUUGAUUCGAGUAAUGAGAAAUUUAUCAGGCGAUUAUCGCGUAAUAGCAAGAAAGGAUCUUUAAGCCUUCGCGCUAUGUUGAAAGGAGAGAUCCCACAAAGCAAUGAAUUGUUCAAUGAAAGACAUGAACUUUGUGUUAAAAUCAUGAAGCUCAUAGCCUUGUUGGAAGAGGUGGAAAGGGGAUAUGAGCAAUAUUAUCAACAUAUGGAAGAAGUAACUUCAACAUUUGAGGUAAUAGCAGGAUUUGGAGCAGGGAAGCCUUAUACAGCACUUGCACUUCAAGCAAUGUCUAGACAUUUUUGCUGCUUAAGAGAUGCCAUCAUAUCUCAAAUUAAUGUCAUUAGACAAAAAAUGCCACGAGACGUGCCAAAAAUUAGCAGUGGCUUGUCACACUUGAGUCUUUUUGAGAGAGAGACUAUGCAGAACAGAAUGUCUCUUCAGCAACUUGGAAUCAUUCAAAGUAAUCGACAAGCUUGGCGACCAAUUAGAGGAUUGCCAGAGACAUCGGUGGCAAUUCUUCGUUCUUGGCUAUUCGAACACUUCCUCCAUCCAUAUCCAAAUGACUCUGAAAAGCUUAUGUUAUCAUCUCAAACAUGCUUGUCAAAAAAUCAAGUUUCCAACUGGUUUAUUAAUGCGCGAGUUAGGCUGUGGAAGCCAAUGAUUGAGGAAAUGUAUAAGGAAGAAUUUGCAGAGUCUUCAAUUGAAUCAGAUCAUUUGUUGAACAGAGAAGGCGUUACAGAUUCUGCAGAAGAAUGAAGGGUUGAAGUGAGAAGAAUGAAGACUAUAUUUUAUGUAAUAAUACUAUGAUUUUACAUAGUUGGAAUUCAUUGAGAGACGGAACUGUGGAAGAAAAGUUGAAGAAGUACAAGGUGUGGCAGUUGGAAACAUGUUAGAAAAACAAAAAAUCUAGCAUGAAAUGGGAGGCAUUCUUGUACCUUUUAGUACUUGAUGUUAAGAAAUAGUAAUAGUAUAGUAAUAGUGUCUGAAAAUUGUAAUGCUUUUUACUAAAUUAUCUGAAUUUUUUAUGCUUAGCAUAGCCUU